AUGGAGCUUGUAUCUGCAAUCAUUAGUCCUAUUGUUGAAUCUUUAAUUGCUCCUGUCAAGAAACAACUGGGAUAUCUCUUUUCAUCCACGAAACAUGUUAGGAACAUGAAUACUAAAAUAAAGCUACUGGAUGAUACAAGCCGUGAUGUCAAAAAACACAUGGAAACAAACAAUAGAAGUAAUCUGGAGAUACCUACUCAUGUAACGGGGUGGUUGGAAGAAGUUGAAAAGACUAAAGAAAAAGCUCAAAGCAUUCCAAGUAUUGGGAGCGGAUGUUGUAACUUGAAAAUGAGGUAUCGAGUUGGAAAGAAGGCAUUCAAGACUACGGAGGAGAUGGAAAGUCUUAUUGAUGAAAAUAGUAAGAUUAUUUGGACAAAUGCUCAAAAACCUCUUGGGAAAGUGAACUCAAAAAUCGCAUCCGGUUCUGCACCAUCAGAUGGUGAAUCCCAAAAUCACUUCAAAUCCAGAGAGAAGUCUUUUAAGGAUGCCUUUAAGUCCCUUCAACAAGACGACACGAACAAAGUGAUAGCCUUAUGUGGAAUGGGUGGUGUGGGGAAAACCACUAUGAUGGAAGAACUGAAGAAGACUGCAGAAGAUAAGAAAAUUUUUGACUGGAUUGUGAAGGUGGUCAUUGGGCAAAAGACUAACAUGCUUUCUAUUCAGCAAGAUGUAGCAGAAUACAUGGGCGCAUCUCUAACUGAAACGAGUGUAGCAGCAAGGGCAGAUCGUCUUCGUAUAACAUUUGGGAACCUUCCAGAAGGUAAAAGAAAGGUUUUAGUGAUAUUGGAUGAUGUAUGGGAGACGAUUGACCUCAAAGAUAUUGGACUGAGUCCUUUGCCCAACAGCUUCAAGUUGUUGUUGACAUCGCGGAAUGAAAGUAUUUGCAAACAAAUUGCAGUAGAAGCUAAUUCGGAGUCGACACUAGUUCGAGUGGAUGUGAUGGAGGAGCCUGAAGCACAAAAUUUCUUUUGGCAAAUCACAGGAGUUUCAAAACAACAUGAUAUGGAGCUCAAUCAAAUAGGAAGUGAAAUUGUGAGAAGAUGUGGUUUUUUGCCCCUUGCCAUUAAACUCAUCGCCAAAACCCUUCAAUUUCAAGAAGUUUUUGUAUGGAGAGAUACUUUUCAACGGUUGAAGAAGAAGAAUCUUGAUGAGAAUGUGAAAGAAGUUAUUAAGAUAAGCUAUAAUUAUAUAAAAACAGAGGAGGAAAAGUUAUUAAGUGAAGUAUCCACUUUGGGAGAGGCUAGAGACAGGACAAAAACGUGUGUACAGAAUCUUAGAAAUGCAAAUUUGUUGAUGGAUAGCGAUUACAUUGGGUGUGUCAAAAUGCAUGAUCUUGUGCUUGCUUUUGUCAUAAAAAGAGUUUCUAAAGGUCAUCAUCCAUGGAUAAUCAACCAUGGUGAUAUUUCAAAGUGGAGUAGAGCUGAAGUGAAAGAGUCUUGCAACAGAAUCUCUAUUACUUGCACAGGUAUGUCUGAGUUUCCUGGUGACUCUAAGUACCCAAACCUAUCACUUUUGAGACUUAUGGAUGGAGAUAAGUCACUUAAGUUUCCUGAAGGUUUUUAUGAAAAAAUGGAAAAUCUUGUAGUUGUAGCAUAUGAAAAAAUGCAGUAUCCGUUGCUUCCCAGAUCACUUGAAUGCUCCACCAAACUACGAACACUCAUUCUCCAUAAAUGCUUAUUGAUGUUUGAUUUCUCUGUUAUUGGAGAACUCUCGAAUCUGGAAGUGCUCAGUUUUGCUCAUUGUGGCAUCAGAAAGUUACCAUCCACAAUCGGAAAGUUGAAGAAGCUAAAGCUACUGGAUUUGACGGGCUGUGUCAAUCUUUGUAUUGAUGAUGGUGUUUUGAAAGAUUUGGUCAAUCUUGAAGAGCUUUAUAUGAGAGUAGCUGAUGAAAAGGCAAUUAGGUUCACAAACAGCAAUUGUGCUGAAUUAGCAGAACUUUCAAAGCACCUUUCUGCACUAGAAAUCGAGUUCUUUGGGAACAGUGGUAAGCCCGAGAAUGUGUUGUUUACGAAACUUGAAAGGUUCAGGAUCUCCAUGGGACGUAGUUUAGGAUACAAUCACUCAUUUGAAAACACGUUGAAGUUGGUCACUAACAAAGAUGAGCUAUUGGAAUCUAGAUUGAAUGAGUUGUUUGUGAAAACAGAGGUGCUUUAUCUAGAAGUGGAUGGUAUGAAUGAUUUUCAUCAACAGUUGUUUAAUAAUCUAAGAGUCCUUGAUGUCUUCAAGUGUGCAAACUUGAGAUUCCUCUUCACAGUCCCUAUUGCAAAUGGUUUGAUGAACCUUGAACGCCUCACAGUUUCACAGUGCCCUGUUCUGGAAGUACUUGCACGUAGUGAGAAUAGUGGAGAUGGGGUAAUCAAGUUUCAGGGGCUAAAGUUUCUAAGAUUGGAUAGGCUACCAAAGUUGAUAGGUCUUUGCAACACUGCUAAUGUAAUUGAGCUACCACAGCUGGUGGAGUUGGAACUUGAUGGCCUUCCUAAUUUCAGUAGCAUUUAUCCUGAGAAAACAUCUGCAACAUCUUCUAUGUCCAGUAAUGGCUCUGCAAUUCAACCAUUAUUUAACAAACAGGUGCUGAUUCCUAAGUUGGAGAAAUUGAGGAUUUGGAGGAUGGAUAAGCUGAAAGAGAUAUGGCCUUAUCAAGUUAUAAGUAGCAAAGACGUUGAUGCCUGUGUGUUGAGACAGAUCCAAGUGGAUAAAUGUGAUAAUCUUGUGAAUCUGUUUCCAACCAAUCCCAUGUCUUUGCUGGGUCGUUUGGAAGAGCUUCAUGUUUCUAAUUGUGGAAGCAUUGAAUUGUUAUUUAACAUCGACAUGAGUUGUGUUGGUGAGUUUGAAGAGUACAGUAGCAACUUGAGACGGAUUUAUGUAUAUGGUUUGGGGAAGCUAAGAGAGUUGUGGAGGAUGAAAGGUGAAAGUAGCUCUGAUAUCCUCAUCCGUACCUUUCAAGCUGUUGAAAGCAUAAGAAUAGAAGAGUGUGAGAGGUUUGUAAACGUAUUCACGCCGACCGUCACCAAUUCUGAUGUGAGAACACUUAUGAAUGUGAGUAUAGAUGGUACGAGACCUUGGGAAGAAACCGGGAGUAACAUUGAAUUGGUUCAAAAAAGAAAGGAGAUUAAUGAGAUCAUUUCAGAGGUGGAUGGUAAUAUUCCUGACGUUGAAUCCUCAAUUCAUCCCAAACCUUUUCACGUUAAUCACCUUCAAACACUUGAUGUAAGGGGCUGUAAGGAUGUUGAAGUGGUGUUUGAGAUAGAGAGUUCCAGUAGCAGCAACACAGAUUUCACAACAACUCUGCAUAAUCAUCAACCACUACUACUACUUCCCAACCUCAAGGAAUUGAUGUUAUUUGAUAUGAUGAGGAUGAGUGAUGUGUGGAAGUGCAAUUGGAAGAAACUUGUAAUUCCUCAAAACCCAUCACAAUCCUACUCAUUCCACAACCUCACCGACAUAUCCAUGGGUUACUGCAAAAGCAUAAAGUACUUAUUUUCACCUGUCAUGGGCAAACUUCUUCCCAACUUAAAGGAUGUCGCUAUAUGGUUUUGUGAUGGUAUUGAAGAAGUUGUUUCAAAUAGAGAUAUUAAUGAUGAAAAUGAAGAAAUAAUAUCUUCUACUCACACAAACACCAUCUCCUCCUUCCAUCUUCUUGAUCUUCUCAAGCUUUAUUCUCUGCCAAGCCUAAAGAGCAUCGAUGGCGGUACUACGAUCACAACUACUUCCAUCCAUGAUCAGUUCAAGUGUUCUCAAGUCGGUGUUGCUUCUUGGUUCUUAUGCCAAUACUCCAAAAAGAUUGAGAUAAGAAAUUGCCCUGCCCUAUCAAGAGUGUUUCCAUCCAAUGUAGUGGGACAACUGCAUAAGCUUGAAGAGCUGAUAAUAGUAGAAUGUAAGUCAAUGGUGGAGAUAUUUGAAAGUAAAGAAAUAAACAAAGAUAGUGUUGAUAGUACUACGAAUGUUGGUGAUGGAAGUGAUGAUACUUGUACUGCAAUCACCAUCCCAAGUUCCACACUUGAAAGCCUCAAGCAACUCAAAGAAUUGACAGUAGAAGAAUGCAAGGCAGUGAAAGUGAUUGUGAAGGAAGACGCAGAGCACAGAGAAAUAUCUAAAUCUAUAAUAGUCUUCCCUCGUCUCAAGUCCCUUGCACUUGCAGAUUUACCAGAUCUCAAGGGUUUCUUCUUGGGGAAGAAUGAGUUCAGGUGGAAAGCAUUGGAAAAGGUUAAGAUUUAUGGGUGCCCACAAAUGAUGAAUUUCACAUCUGGUCACUCCAAGGCUCCGAAGCUCAACUACAUACAUACAGGAUUAGGCAAGCAUAGUCUUGAUCAAUAUGGCCUCAACUUCCAUUUGACCAAUGCUACACAUGAGACUCAACACCCUAUGUGCUCUACUCCAGAUUUGAUAAAGCUAGUUCAGUUCCCGUGGUCUUUUUCAAAUUUAGUUGAAGUAGAUGCACAUGGGUAUGGUGACAAAUUGUUGAAAAGCCACAUAAUUUUUCCAUGCAAGGAGUUGCUUAAUUUGAAGAAUCUUGAAAAGCUUUCUAUUACCAAUGCCUAUCAGUCUGUAACAGAGGAGGUAUUUGAAGUAGCAGAAGGGACAAAUGAAGAUGUGGAUAUUGAAACACAAUCUGUUGUAGUAUUUGAGAAGCUGAAAGAGGUGACUUUGGGUGGAAUAAAUAAUCUGAAGCAUAUGUGGAAGAGCAAUCGGUGGAUAGUGUUGAACUUUCCAAACCUUACAAAGGUCUCAAUUAUUUACUGUCCACUUCUUGGGCACGUUUUCACUAGUUGCAUGGUUGGCAGUCUAUUGCAGCUCCAAGAGCUACAAAUAAGUAACUGCAAGAAUAUGGAUGUGAUUGUGAAGCAAGUUGAAGAUUCUGAAACCAGACCGACUACUGAGGUUGUGUUCCCUUGUCUGAAAUCCAUAACACUUCACAACGUUCCAAAUCUCAUGGGAUUUUGCCUGGGGAAGGAGGCUUUUGAAUGGCCAUCAUUAGAUACUUUGGAAAUCAAAUAUUGUCCAAAAAUAACAGUUUUCACAAAUGGGCAAUCAACUACUCCAAAGCUAAAAUUAAUAGAUACAACUUUUGGAUUGUGUCAUGUAACAGAAGACCCUAACUCUUUUAUAAAGACCUAUCAACAAGAGGGAUGGCAGUUCUAG